CAAUAUUUAACAAAGCCUUUAGUAAUGUACAUCUAUAUAUGUACAUGUAUCCACUUGCUUAACUGCAAUUACCUCUCUAAUAUUUUCUACAUGGCAUUUUUGAUUAACAUUCCUUUAGGUUUGACAUUCCCCGACGCACUUCUGUGUUAAUUAGCGUAUGAAUUCGCAUUUCGACUUGGCCAUAAGCUACACGGUCCCCCCCAAAAAGGCCACUUACUUUCCCCCAUUUUCGACUUGUUCUCCCGCCUGAAAGUAUUCCACCUGGCUGGCUAUGCGGAUGAAAGUGGGUUAGUCACAUAUUUGAGUUUGCACAGGGACAGACGCCAGCUGCACAAACUGACCCACAUCCUGGCUAUGUGGCUAUAUUACUAUACUACUAUAUAUGGCUAUAUAGUUAUAUGACAGCUUUAUCCACUUUAGUUUCCCCUUAAUUAGUACCUCGUCGGUCAUCGGAGAAGCCGCUGUUAUUUUGGGCGAGAGAUAAUGGAAUGGAAACUGCUGCUGAUAGUCCUGCCGUGGCUGCUUGUCAGCAAGGUUUUUUAUAAGGUCGAGGACUUUACGGAGCCUGAUGUCGUUUACCAAAGCAUCGACUAUCAUCCGGAGGACUACAUCGACUCCUUUACCGACUUCCAGAAGCAUGACUACUUUCAGUAUUGAAAGUAUGCUAGUGUUUCAUUUUUGUUUAUUUUUUUGUAUGUUAAACAGUCUUUAAUAAAGCGUUGUGUAUUUUAAAUAA